AUGAUCAAACAAAACCUCUUAUUCACAUACAAUAUGAAUAUAACAAGAGCAUAUAAGCUACCCAUUCACAAUCAUCCUCUUUUCCCUUCAGCUAUGUUUCGUUAUGUUGAAUGUGAUGGCUGCCAUGUAAAAGAACCCAUCUACGGCGGUUACAUUUGCAAUGAGCUUAACUGUUAUGGUUUCUUUCAUAAAGAAUGCGCUGAAGCUCCACCAGAGAUUAAUCAUCACCCUUCUCAUUCGGAGCAUCCUCUCCUACUCACUAAUGACUCUCAGCCGAAAGAUAGUCCAUGCGAUUGUUGUGGAAAAAAUCUUUUGUCCCCGUGUUAUACUUGUCCCACAUGUGAGUUCAAAGUGGAUUUGAUUUGCGGGAUGAAACCUUCGCCGCCUGCUAUUGAACAUCCGAUGUGCCAUGACCAUUCACUUGUGUUUUUGAAGAAACGAGAAGUGGAGGUUCCUUGUGAAGCUUGCAAGGAAUCUAUAGGUGGACCAUCUUAUUCAUGUAUUGAAUGCCAUAAUGUCUACUUCCAUUUGGAUUGUGUUCAUCUCCCAAAAAAGGUAAAUCAUCCUUGUCACCCUAGUCACCCUCUCAAAGUCGUCGCAUCUGAGUCAUUGGCAGAUAAUCAGGAUGCCGAGAAGAUUUGUUGUUUCUGUGGAGUUCAACCAGAAAAGAAGGUGUGUUAUCAUUGUUCUGUUUGCAACUUCACCGUGUGUUUUGGUUGUAUCAAAAAUCCACCACCUCUUGUUAUCGAGAAUACCAAGACUCACAAGCAUCCACUUAGGCUUCUUUUAAGCCGAAUCGCGUUUACUUGCAAGGUUUGUGGAAUUGAAGGCUACAGAAGUAAGCCUUAUAUAUGUGUCAAGUGUGAUUUUCUUGUCCAUGGAGAUUGUAUCGGCUUACCUCGAGUCAUAAACAUCAAUCGUCAUGAUCAUCAGAUCUCUUUCACGCAACACCUUGGCCGUCGGGGUACACAAUGUGGAUUUUGUUGGAGAGAUGUAAGUCAGUACUACGGAGCUUAUUUUUGCUCUGUUUGCCCUAACUACACAGUUCACUCACUAUGUGCAUUUAAUUAUAAUGCAUGGGAUGGUGUGGACCUAGAAGGGAUACCUGAGAGGAGCGAAGAUAUUUCUCCAUUCAAGGUGGUGGGUCAUAAUUUGAUAAAUCAUUUCAGCCAUAACAAACAUACUUUAAGGCUUCUCAAAGAUAAUGUUGAUAUUCAAGAUGACGAGUGCAUACGGUGUGAAGCAUGCAUCCAUCCAGUCCAGGUUGGACAGAUCUACAGUUGUACGGAAUGUUGUUUUGUUCUCCAUGAAAAGUGUGCUAAUCUACCUAUGAUGAAAAGAUUUCUCUUUGACCGCGCACCAUACAUGUUGGAAUGUGAUAGGUCAGCUACAUAUUGCAAGCUAUGUGGAAUGUUGUGUGCUGGUUUCAGGUACACAUCGGAAAGAGAUAUGUUGAGAUAUCACUAUAUAGAUGUAAAUUGUGGUUCCCUUUUCGAACCCUUCUCCCAUAAUGCGCAUUCUCAUCCCCUAUAUUUUGUUAUAUCAGAGAAUAAUUAUUGUGAUGCAUGUAAGAGAUUUCCACAUGAUUACAUGCUGAGAUGUGAUAAGUGUGACUUUGAUUUGUGCUUGUAUUGUGUUACUUUGCCUGAGAAGAUAUGGCAUAUGAGCGAUGAACACCCUCUCACUCUAUCUUGUGACCAAAAUGGGAGCGGCGGAAUUUGGUGUGAUGUUUGUGAGGCUGAACUAGAUCCAAGAAAAUGGUUCUUCUAUACAUGCUCUGAAUGUGGAGUGGUCUUGCAUGUUCAAUGUGUACUAGGAGAUUUCUCACGUCUCAAACCAGGAUGGCUCUAUACAUUAUUUGAGAGAAGAGAAUACGAAGUGGUCCUUAACAAUCGCAACACUCGGCCAUUUUGCAGCCAUUGUCACUCUCGGUGCAAGGUCCCAGUUAUCUUGAAGGACAGUGGUAAAGACAAUGGAUACAUUUGUUCCAAUUCAUGUUUAUUCAGUUGUUUGGGUAUAAAAUUUGUGUAACUAAGAGGACCCCAAUGUAAUAGAGAGUGGUAUAUAUUGUUUUCUAGUGAAGAGUACUGAAGGGGGACUGGUUAUAUAUUAACUUACACUUAUAAAAUCUGGGUUGCAACUUCUUGACUUUUGCAAUAUAAAUGAGUUUUUACGUUGACAAUUCA